CGUCUCUCGACCGAGGGCUGGCAGAGAGACGAGAGGAGGGAGGGGCCGGAGCCACACCGAAACAUGCAAGGGGAAGCAGCUCAAAGUCAGGCUGCACAUUAAAUGUCUCGAUAACUGCCAGCAAAAAACAAAAAGGAAGGAACCAGCCUGCCUGCAAGGGUUUGGGAUCUGCCUUGGCUGCGAGGAGGACAUCGGCCCGCACGGCGCGCCAAGCUUCUACACUUUGAGACAACUAUACACUCGAGGCCGUUGACGCAUUUGAAGCAAGUACCAAGCAGCAGCCCGGUCUCGUCGAUAAUCAGGAGCUUCUUGAUGGCCACUGAUGUUAAAUUCUGAUUCAUGUCUGAGCGCUGAAGCCGUAACCACCUUGAUAUCAGCUUUAACUUCAGUCGCGUCGACGCAGUAGGACACGGCCCGACGCCUCGCUGCAGUUCCCCCGCGGGCGGAGAUCCGGCGGAGAGCGACGGUCGACCCAUCGCGGCCGAGGUUCGGGAUGGUGGAGGAGCCCAUUUACGCCACGGGCAUGGCCGCCAGGCUGCGGAGCCAGUGGGAUCGCGACGAGGGCCUGGGGCAGAACCACAACGCCGUGAAGUUCCUGGGGCAGGAUUAUGAGUCUCUGAGGGCCAAGCACCAGGGCAGCGGGCGGCUGUUUGAGGACAGCAUGUUCGCGUGUGCCGCGUCCUCCCUGGGAUUCAAUGAGCUCGGGCCGAGAUCCUCCAAGACCUCCGGAGUCCGCUGGCUGAGACCCACGGAAUUCUGCAAGCGUCCCGAGUUCAUCGUCGACGGAGCCACUCGCACGGACAUCUGCCAGGGAGCUCUGGGGGACUGCUGGCUGCUGGCGGCCAUCGGCUCGCUGACCCUAAACACCGAGCUCCUCCACAGGGUGGUCCCUCACGGUCAGAGCUUCCAGCAGGGAUACGCCGGCAUCUUUCACUUCCAGUUCUGGCAGUUCGGCGAGUGGCUGGAGGUGGUGAUCGACGACCGGCUGCCGGUGAAGGACGGGAAGCUGCUGUUUGUCCACUCGGCGGAGGGCACCGAGUUCUGGAGCGCGCUGCUGGAAAAGGCCUACGCCAAACUAAACGGCUGCUACGAAGCGCUGUCGGGCGGCAGCACGUGCGAGGGCUUCGAGGACUUCACCGGCGGCGUGACGGAGAUGUUCGAGCUGCGGAAAGCCCCCUCCGACCUCCACAGCAUCAUCAAGCGGGCCAUAGACCGGGGGUCGCUGCUGGGCUGCUCCAUUGACAUCACCAGCACCCGAGACAUGGAGGCCGUCACGUUCAAGAAGCUGGUGAAAGGACACGCCUACUCCGUGACCGCCGUGGACGAGGUGGUGUACAGAGGAAACAUGACCAAGCUGGUGCGCAUCAGGAACCCCUGGGGGGAGGUGGAGUGGACGGGCGCGUGGAGCGACGACUCCAGAGAGUGGGACAGUGUGGAUCGCUCCGUCAGGGCCCGGCUACAGAACCGCAGCGAGGACGGGGAAUUCUGGAUGUCGUUCAGCGACUUCCUGCGCGAGUUCACCCGCCUGGAGAUCUGCAACCUGACGGCCGACGCGCUGGAGAACAGCCAGCUGAAGAAGUGGAGCUCCUCGCUCUACCAGGGCGAGUGGAGGAGGGGCAGCACCGCCGGCGGCUGCCGCAACUUCCCAGCGACCUUCUGGCUCAACCCGCAGUUCAAGAUCGCGCUGCAGCACCCGGACGCGCCCGGCCAAUCGGAGUGCAGCUUCCUGGUCGCCCUCAUGCAGAAGGACCGCAGGAAGAAGCGGCAGGAGGGCAAGGACAUGGAGACCAUCGGGUUCGCCCUCUACGAGGUUCCGAAGGAGUUUGUGGGCAGGUCCGGCGUCCACCUGAAGAAGGAGUUCUUCCUCACGCACGCCUCCAGCGCCCGCUCGGAGCUCUUCAUCAACCUGAGGGAGGUCAGCUCGCGGCUGCGGCUGCCGGCGGGCGAGUACAUCAUCGUGCCCUCCACCUUCGAGGCGCACAAGGAGGGCGACUUCGUCCUCAGGGUGUUCUCCGAGAAGCCGGCCGACUCCGAGGAGCUUGAUGACGAGGUCGAGGCGAAGCUUCCGACUGAGACUCAGCUGGACGAGAGCCAGAUCGACGCGGGCUUCAAGAAUCUCUUCAGGCAGCUGGCGGGGCCGGACAUGGAGAUCAGUGUCACGGAGCUGCAGACAAUUCUGAACAGGAUCAUCAGCAAACACAAAGACCUGAAGACGGACGGCUUCACGAAGGAGGCCUGCCGCAGCAUGAUAAACCUCAUGGACACGGACGGCAGUGGAAAGCUGGGCCUGAGCGAGUUCCAUGUCCUCUGGGAAAAGAUUAAGCGAUACCUGACCGUAUUCCGGCAGUUUGACUUGGACAAAUCGGGCACCAUGAGCUCCUACGAGAUGAGGAUGGCCCUUGAAUCCGCAGGUUUCAAGCUGACCAACCACCUGUUCCAGCUGAUCAUCCUGCGCUACACGGAGGACGACAUGGCCAUCGACUUUGACAACUUUGUCACCUGCCUGGUCCGACUGGAGACCAUGUUCCAAACCUUCAAGACUCUGGACACGGACGCCGACGGUCAAAUAUCCCUCACCUUCUUCCAGUGGAUCACCCUGACCAUGUUUGCCUAGACACGAGCGGACUCCUCUGCAACUCUUGCAUCUGCAUCCGGCGGCAGCUCCCGGCCAAGUAUCUGUGGUUUUUUCGGAAGUGCCUCUUUUCCUCCGCUAAAUAGCUGCGUCCUAAUUCGGGGGGGCCGCCUCCUUCUGGGGCUACAUUCGAAGACCGAUCGACAAAUGCGUCCUUCCAUUCCCCAGCAAUGAAGCGUCCCACCAGCCGCGGGAUCUUUUCCCAGCCCAACCUAUCCCAGGAUGGGAAAUUCCUCCAAAGACCCAGGGGCGUAGUGCCAAAUUCUGGGGCCUAUGCAGCCCCCCCCCCCCCCCCCCCCCCGCAGCUAUGAUGCUGAUUCAUUCAUGGCGCUGUGUCUGUGUUCUAAUUGUAACUAGCCCCCCCCCCCCCAGUGCUACGCCCCUGCAUCGACCAGACCGUUUUUGGUCAUAGCGGCCCCUGAAACUUGUUUUUACAUCUUGUGCCAAAAGUUGCUCUCUGACGCUGCACCGCUCUUUAUAUACCCAAUCCUAUUUAGCCUUGGAACAUACCCGCUUAUCAUUAUGCAUGGCACUUUCUAAGAAAAAAACGAACUUUUUAUAUUAUGGCUGUAGCUUACGGUAGUGGUUUAGAACGGGGGACGUGUGCGUCAGCGUCGUCUUAUCUCGCCUUCUCAGAAGGGCACAAGGAAAACGCCGGCGGUACUUUUGGUGAAGGCAAAUAAUUAUGCAAAAUGACGUGGAUGGAUAUUAUGUCGUGUGCAUGCAGUGUUCAACCGGGGGAGCAAGUGUUUGAUUUCAAAAGCUGUAACAACAAUGUCACUUUUUUGGCAAUGAAAAGGCUUGAAAAUGUGAACAUGUCACGUGUCAUAAUUUGAACCGGGGGAAAAAGCGUCAAACCUGCACGUGUUUCCAUAAAACGCCAUAAGUGUAUAUCUUCUGCCAAUUGUCUUACCGGCGUGUAACUUUUUAACUUUUUAAAACGGAAGAGUUGCAUUUUUCUUUUGAAAUGUUUUUCAUUUCAUCAAAUCCCAGCAGCCGCCCUGCCCCCCCGCCCCCCUCCCCCACCCCCCUGGUUUCUGCCAUGUCAUGCUUAUGCAACAUUACUUCAUGUUUACAAUGGUUACAUUCAAGGUCCCUUUGGACCCAUUCACCAUGCAAUACGUUGGUUUUCUGUGUUGCCCUGUCUGUAAAUCUUCAACCCGCACUUUGGAAAAAAAUAAAGAUGGGGAGACUUUCA